CCCAAAAGCAUUAAAAGACUUUUCGUUUCGAUCCUUUUCUUUUGCAACGAAAAAUCGUUAAAUCUUCGUCGUCGAGGGGAAAGCAUUUGAUUUCGAUUUUGAUCUUUAUUAAUAAUCUGUGAGUAGAUUCUUGUGUGGAGAAUUCAAGGGAGAGUUGAGUUUGUUGUGAUCGGAGAUUUUUUUUUUUUGGGAGGUGAUGGAUUGGGGAAACGUAACGGUUGAGGAUCUGGUCGAUGCUCUCCGUGAAGUUGACUGGUCUUCUCCGCCGCGUCCGCCGUCUGAGUUCUUCUCUAGGUUCACCGUUCCUAAAUCUUUCUCUAAAUGGGAUAGUCGCCUCAAGUGCAAUCUCUACUACUACCGUACAAACUAUUUCAUCAUGAUCCUCGUUAUACUUGGAUUGGGAUUUCUCACAAGGCCUCUCGCCAUCUUCUCUGCGCUUUUGACUGCCUUAAGUGUUGCAUUCCUAAAUGACAGCUUUGCAGGCUCUUUUAGUGAGAAGGCAACUCGAACCACCAGAAAUUUCUCUCCACAGUUAGCUGCUAAAAUGAGACCUCCUUUGAAGCCUGUCACUCGUGGACGUCCAUCAGCAAAGAGAGCUAUCCAUAUAUGUGGUCAACCCCGUUGGGUCUUUGUCUUGGCUUGCUCACUUGUGAGUUUAGCCCUUUGGUAUAUUUCCUGUGGUUUGUUCACACUCUCGUUGGCCCUACUCAUUGGACUUCUUGCUACAGUUCUUCAUGCAAGCUUGAGAACACCGAACUUGAAAGCACGUCUUAACACAUUUAGGGAGGAAUUCCGAGCAGUAUGGCGCAACUACAGCGAGAUUUAGAGUAAUCUCGUACCUCCAAUGGAUCAUGUUCCGCUGAGGUCCUAACGCGGUAAAGACCAAACUUACAGCAUUUCUGCGGAAAAAGAGUGGUAUUUUGUUAUAGAUGUUCUCUGGGUGUUCAAUCUGGAUUUGUUGCUUAAUGACUGGGAGAUCAUCUGUUUUCUUUGAUUUGGGUUUUGCUUUUUUGGUAGCGAAAUCCUGUUCUUUUUUUUGUUAAAAGAUUUGUAAAGCCAGCUUUGGUGCUGUUCUUCUUUCUCAACCAAAACUUUUUGUGUACAAAUACUAGAAUCGUUUAACAGCUUUGCAUUUUCUCCUUUUUUCUU